AUGGCGGAGACAAUUUCGUCGAGUAACGCGCCUCAAAAAGCCGUCAUCCAUGACCAAGUCACGGGAUUGCAGACAAACGGCGACCACAAGCUCACGCACGAUGAUAAUAUACCGGUGACGAAAGUACCGUCGCUAGACACAGUCAACCACUAUGCAGCUGAAGCUCUUCCCGGCAGUGGUUACCACUUAAGCAAAGUACUGGAAUUCACGUACGAGGCAGAUCUACCAACCCUCUCGAAUAAGAUUAUUCAAGGAUAUGCGCGCUUCAUUUCCGCGUUCACAGGCCUCGAAGAUGUUGCUUUUGCACUCUUUCAGACUGCGAAUUCAUUUCACACGUCGGAAACACGGCAUAAAAUCGUUUGCGCGUCUAUCUCAAAGUUCGAGAGGGAAGAAGAGGGUUCUUUGAGAACUCCACAUCCCUGCAAUAUCCGCGAAUGUGAUAUCAAGUCCCACGGGGUGGACACUCAGUUUGCUCUUGAAUUGAGCAUAGAUACUCCGUUUGAAGAUGGCGAGCACUCUUGCAUCUCGAUCGUGGGAGUGGAUGGCUUUCUGUUGAGAGUCCAGAUUAACUCGGCAACACGCACGCUGAAAAUAUCCAUUGGUUGCUCAAGCCGAUUGAUCCCAGAAGCGGCUUUGGAUCAAAUAUCGAGAACAGCAGCUCUGUUGGUAAAAGAGUCUGCAGAUUUGAGGUCCAUUGACGAAGAUGGAGGAGAGAAGAUACCCCAGCUUUCUAUUCUGAAUUUCCCGCCUCUGAUGAAGCCACCUUCACUAGAGGUGUUCGGCCAAGUAUCUCCAAACAAGCCAUUGGGACAGUCUCUUCUCCAUGCCGCAUUUGAAUUCUGGGCUCACGAAAAACCUGAUGCUGUGGCAUUGGAUUUUGUCCACAAUCUACCGUCUACGAACAAGCCAGCAGAACGCAGCAUUCUCACUUAUGCUGAUUUGAAUGCUGCAGCCACACGUGUAGCUUCUCAUUUGAGAGCUAUGCUGGGGGAAAGGAAAGGUCCAACAAAUUGGUCGCGGAUCAUUCCGGUUCACAUGUCCACUUCACCGGAGCUGUACAUCUCGUAUCUUGGUGUACUCAAGGCUGGCUAUGCAUUCUGUCCAAUUCCUCAGGAUGCACCGCAGCGAAGGAUACAGGAAAUCCUCGACGAUAUCGAUUCGCCUGUUAUUCUGGGUCGAACCCCCGAAUCCUCAAUAGAACCUUGGUACAAGAGUCAGUCGACAACCCCCGCGUGGUUGAAUGUUGCAGAGAUAUCGAAAUGGAAAUCCCUCAGCGGGAGUCAUGCCACAGAUCAAGAUGAACUCGACUACAGCUCCAUGCAUCACUCCAGACUCGAAGAUGAUAUUGCAUAUUUGCUUUUUACAAGUGGCUCUACGGGCAAGCCAAAAGGCGUGCAGGUCAACCACUUGGCUGCUACCUGUUCAAUCAACUCCCAUGCCACCUCAAUUCCUCUGCCGCGUGACUCUGACGGCUCCUUUCGCUGGUUUCAGUUUGCUUCUCCUACCUUUGAUCCAUCAAUUAUGGAGAUUUUUGUUACCCUCAGCUGUGGAGCAACACUCUGCUCUGCAAAUCGAGAUUUAACGAUGACAGAUCUGGAGGCAACCAUAAACGAAACAAGAGCGACGAUCAUGAUGGCAACGCCAAGUCUAGCGGCAUUAUUGCGACCAUCUCGGCUUCAUACACUCCGUCAUCUUUGGACGAUGGGCGAAAAGCUCAAUCGUACAGUGAUAGAGAAUUUCGCAUCACCAUCGGCGCAUUCCACCACGUUAGUCAACGCUUAUGGACCUACCGAGGGGGCUAUAAAUUGCACAUUCAAUUCACCAGUUGAUCAGUCUACCAGAGGCUCGAUUAUCGGGAGACCGCUACCAACUUGUUCUAUGUUUGUUCUAGAUCCAGACCGGAGAACUCCGCAGGCUGUCCCUGCUGCAAUGUCUGGCGAACUUGCCAUUGGAGGUCCUCAAGUGAGCAAGGGGUAUCUGAAUCGGCCAGAGGAGACCACACGAGCAUUUGUCUUUAGUCCCGAAUAUGGUUAUGUCUAUCGGACUGGAGAUAUGGCACGGAUCGUCUGGGAUGAGAAAGGAAACCAGGUCCUGGAAUUUCUAGGCCGAAUUACUUCCGACCAAGUCAAGAUCAGCGGCAAAAGACUGGAACUGGGAGAAAUAGAGUCCGUUCUUGCCACGGUGAGGGGAAUCAUAGAAAUCGUGGCAAUUGUAUUACAGCGAGACCAGGGCAAGGAAGGUAGUGAGCAGCUUAUUGCUUGCAUCGUUGCAGACCACAGCCACGAGGCCACCAGAGAGAAACUGGUUAAGGAAUGUCGCGAAGUUGCAGCACGACACCUGCCAUCCUAUAUGUGUCCGUCUUCCUUUGUUUUCUUAGAGUCUCUCCCUCGCUCUAGCUCCGGGAAAGUCGAUCGGAGAGCGAUAACAGCAAGGCUGAAGACGGCUCAGAAGGAUGAGAUCAUAUCCACAGUUGAAAAUGGCGGCGCGAAUCCACAAGACGCACCCACAGAUUGGGACACUGUGGAGAAUAUUGAUCCCUCAUUGCGGCAGCGUCUGUUGGAAGCCCUAGCUAAGACUACAGACCAGGACGCAACAGCAAUCCAACCCUUUACCAGUCUGUUCUCCCUUGGUAUAGACAGUCUGGGAGCAAUGCGUCUGCUUCAGCACCUAAGAGAGAAUGGCGUGAACCACCUCUCUGUGAGCGACGUACUCAUCGCGGGGACACCGAGUGGACUGUUAUCGGCGAUCAUUCAGGGUAAAGACAAGAACCUUGAUCCUUCCCCCAAUGACUUUCAAGGGAAACAAUCAUUACUAGCAUUACAAGGUGAAUUGCGCGAGUUUGAUCGCCGGAAUCGUGAGAUCUGUGCUCAGAGACUGCACAUCGAUGCAGGUGCAAUACAAAACGUCCUCCCAACCACAGCGACCCAAUCUGGCAUGCUGGCAAGCUUCCUCCGACGUUCAUCCACCAGAACAAAUCACUCUAAGUCUUCGUACAUCUAUCAUUCUGUUAUCCAUCUUGGGAAAGACGUGGACGCGGAGCGCCUGAGGCGAUCCUGGGAAACAGUGAUAGCUGAUUACGAUUCUUUCCGCACAGUCUUCUGCUGGUUGGAUGACGACAUGGCGCCAUUUGCUCAGUGCAUCCUCGCGCAGAAUGCCAUUCCUGACCGAGAAUGGAAAUUAUACUCCAGCGAGUCCAGCAGUGGUCUCCUGUCAAAAGAGGAUCUUAUUAAUCUAGCCCUCUCUGAAGCAGAGGACUCGAUAACUUUGAAUACACCACCGUGGAGGAUGUCUCUUGUGGAUUUCGGCAGUGGCUCAGCUUUGAUUUUGAGCAUGUUCCACGGUAUCUUUGACGGUGGUUCCCUGCAGCUCCUUCUCGAGGACGUUUCUGCAGAGUACUAUGGCCGGCCUCGUGGACACCGGACGUCUCUUGAUCAUAUCGUCAAGCAUCACUUCAUUGCUGAUCAGGAAGCCACUUUAAGAUUCUGGCAAGACCACUUAAGAGAAUACUCUCCUGUCUCGUUUCCUUCUGUUACACCUUACAGAUCGUCCGAAGCAGAAAACGUCUUCGAUGCCGUAGAAAUAGCAGCUGAUACGAGUUACGAGAUGCUGAAGAAGAAGUCCAGGAGCAUUGGUUGUACUCCACUCUCCGUGCUCCAGGCGGCUUGGGGUUCUGUCCUUCUUUCCUACACUGGAACUCCUGAUCAGGAUGUUUUAAUUGGCAAUGUGGUGUCUGGGCGAUUUGAUAUCGAUUCAGAAACGUGUAUUGGACCUACGUUCACUACUGUUCCUCUGCGACUUGCCCUGAACAAGAUCGGAAGGGAUCACAGUGGUAUUUUGUCCAAUACAUCGGUGGCACGGCACCUUGCCUCGCUAAACGCAAAGUCGCUGGCAUAUCUUCAGCCACGUCUCGGUUCCCUGGUAACUGAGAACGGGCAGCUGCCCUACGACACUCUUCUGGCAUUCCAAGAUUUUAACGCUGGUAGUAACUCCAGCACGCUUUGGAGCGCCAUCGAGCAUCCGCCCAUGGCGAAUGACUUUGCUGUCAUGAUUGAAGUGUGGCCUGUUGCUGAUGAUGGGUCGCUGACCUUAAGAGCAACAUUCAACGGGUCAAAGCUCGACAGGGACUCGGCGCAGUUGAUGCUUCGCCAGAUGAGCAACAUUGUCGAUUUCAUUCUCAAACAUCCAGACGCGGAUUUCCAAGACGCUCCGUGCAGAACCGAUGGAAGCCUGAAAUCUGUUGCAAACCCAGUUUCUAAGUCUCCAGAAGAGUGCGCGCAGGGAUAUCUCCUGCAUACUCAAUUUGAAAGACAUGCAGAAGCCAGGCCAGAGGAUGUGGCUCUGAUCUUCAAGGCCGACCUCGAAGUUCCUACUAACCCUGGCAACAUCGAGUGGACCUACGGUACACUGAACGCGAAAGCCGAUUCUCUUGCAGACAAACUCAUUGAGCGCUACGGGUCUUUGCAGAAUUCGACGGUUCCCAUUUGCAUCGAGAAAUCACCGGCAAUGUACGUCGCCAUUCUAGGUAUCCUGAAGGCGGGCGCUGCAUGGUGUCCGAUAGAUACAUUCUCCCCUCCGCAGCGCCGCCAUGACCUAAUUGCCAGAACUGGAGCACGAGUGCUAUUGGUGUCCGGUGCAGACUCUGUCCAACAUGCCAACGCAGUUCCAGAGGAUGUUGACAUCCUCGAUGUUACCAAGUUGGUGAACGUCUGGUCUAGUAAAGAACCCUCCCAGAAGAGAGGCCAAUCUUGCAACAGAGCAACUCCUCAUGAUACCGCGUAUCUGAUCUGGACAAGCGGAACGACUGGCGCGCCGAAAGGCGUGCCAAUAAAGCACUCUGCAGCGGUGUCGAGUAUGCUAUCGCUUCAGAGGACCAUUCCCGCAGAUGUACCCGGCGGCGUUGUUCGCUGCUUGCAAUUCUCGCAAUAUACCUUCGACGUAUCUGUUCAAGACAUUUUCUAUACUUGGGGGUUAGGUGGCACGUUGAUAUCUGCUACCCGCGAGAUCAUGCUUGGAUCGUUCGCACAGCUUGCCAAUUCGACACGUGCGACACAUGCGCACUUGACGCCUGCUUUUGCCGCGGGGAUCCCAAGGCAAUCUUGUGAGACAUUGAAGGUUGUCACGAUGAUCGGUGAGAAACUGACGCCAUCGGUCGCUGAUGACUGGGGCGUUGAUAUGCAAGCGUUCAACACGUAUGGUCCGGCUGAAGUGACUGUGGUCUCGACCGUCAGAGAGUUUGGGAAAGAGCACAGAAAUACCAAAAGCGCCAACAUUGGGUGGCCGCUCGAUAGUGUCUCUAUCUUUGUCACCGAUCAUAAUAGGAAAGUCGUCAUGAAGAAUGCUGUUGGAGAGCUCGCAUUGGGUGGACCACAACUUUCGGAUGGUUAUCUCAAUCAGGAAGAAACGACUCGAUCUAAAUUCGUUUGGAAUGAAGAGGCCUCUCAGGUGCUCUAUUACACAGGAGACCUAGUUCGAAUGCUCUCGGACGGCUCUCUAGAGUAUCUUAACCGCACCGAUGAUCUUGUGAAGCUUGGUAGCAUUAGAGUUGAACUGAGCGAAAUAAGCUUUUCCAUUAAAAGCUGUCAUAGUCUUGUUGAGCAGGUCGAGACCGUGAUUCUUAACCGCCCAGACCGGCCCGCAGAUGUCGUUGUUGCUUUUCUGGCGGCUCCCAGCGCAGCAGCAGCAUCAGACAAGGAGCCGUAUAAAUUGGUGCUCUUCAACGACAGUGCCGUUGAGAUUGUCCGUGCCGCAAUGCAGAAGGCACGCACGACCUUGCCAGACCAUAUGCUCCCAUCGGUAUAUCUGGUUGUCAGAGAAAUCCCCAAGACUCAAUCUGCGAAGACGGAUCGUGUGGCACUCCGCAAAGCGUAUGCUUCUGUUGAUAUUGAAAAAUGGGAGAGUGAGGUCAGCCCUUCAGAUUUCACAACGGAGCUGGGUUCGCCAAGUGAUCCAGAGGAGGGCUUCGUUAUGGAAACGGUUUCAGCACUAGUUGGACUUCCUCUAUCCGCGAUUAAGAGGUCGAAUAAGCUUGCUUCUCUGGGCCUGGACUCUAUUCGCGCCAUCAGACUUGCGUCCAGACUCAACGAGUCUGGUCACCAGGUAUCUGUGAUUGAUGUCCUUCACUGCCAGAGCGUUCAGGAUCUUCUGUCCAUAGCGAUUUCCUCCAGGAAGAAGAAGGUUCCCCUGACAAACCGAUCUUUGUUGGAGCAGUUUGAUCAAGAGUGGCACGAAGCCGUUGCUUCCAAGGUUAAGGAACCCUUUACUGUGACUCGGACGACUCCAAUCCAAGAGAGCCUUCUUAGUGAAACCAUGGGGACUAGAAAUCUGUACUGGAGCAACCAUUUCUUUUCCCUUGACAGCACCGUUGACUUGGAACGAUUACAAAUGGCAUGGCGGAGCGUGGCGGAAAGCAACGAGGCGCUCCGGGCUGGGUUUCUGCCCGUCGCUGAGAUCCUUAAAGAUGGCGAUAAUGCUGGAAAUCUCAACUUUUCAGUUCUGCAGUUGAUAUACGUCCAGCCGAGUCUCGAUUGGGAGGUCUAUCAAUGCCAAGAAGGAGAGUUCACAGAAGUGUUGCAAUCGAGGAUCUCGCGCAUCAUGGAGAAUCGCCAAAACAGCUAUUUCCGUCAUCCGCCCUGGGCUGUCUCGAUAUUUGAUAAGGGGCAGGAUCAUCAAAAGGUGAUGGUUGUCACCAUACAUCACGUCAUCCAUGACGGGCCCUCGCUUAGUUUCAUCUUCAAUGACGUUCAAUCAACCUAUAAUAGUUUGAACCUGCCCCAGAGAAAGCAGAUUCAGGAUGCGCUCUCCCUGAUUAUUCCAACCGCUGAAGAGGACAGCAAGACCGUUGAGUUUUGGGAGACAGAGCUUCGAGAAUUCUCUGCCCUGGACCCUCCUUCUUGGCCCGACCUUACCAACAGACGACAAGGACCAGGAACUGACUCUAAGCGCGGGUUUAUAUCCGAGGAACUUGUCUUGACGGUUCCUGUGACACGGCUGCAGUCGACAGCAUCUCGGCUUGGCAUGUCAUCAUUUACCUCUUUGCUUCGAACUGCCUGGGCCUGUGUUUCGUUGAGCUAUAUGGGAGCUCCAGCUGCUGUGUUUGGGGAAACUCUUUCAGAUCGUGUACUGGAUUCGACACUAGAAGACGUGAUAGGACCAUUGAUAUCUGUUGUUCCUGUUCCUUUCAAAUUAAAAGGAACCGCUCGAGAGUUAAUUGAGAAACAACAGCAGUUGUCUGCCGAGUCGUGGAAGCAUCGACAUAUCCAUCCACGCCAGAUCCGAAAAAUCCUCAAGCGACCUCGAGGCCAAGCCCUAUAUCCAGGACUGUUUACCUUCCACCCGCUCAGCGGAGAAACAGGUCAACAGUCCUGCCCGAAGUUGUGGUCAGAGCUCGAUGACCUUAUCGGUCUGAACGUGGAGCAUUUGGUGGCACUCAACGUUUUUCAAAAGUCAGGGGACACUUUGACCCUGAAUGUCUCUUGUGAGCAAAGUGUUAUGGACCAGAAGCAUCUGUCUCUCUUCGUCCGCCAGAUAGAUGCUUUUGUGACAGCCAUGUUGGAACAUCCAGACGAACCGGUUACGGAACUUGUAAGAUACUUUCCAAGGGAAUUAACAUCUAUCUCCACCCCGAAUGUGAGUCAAGAAGUUGCAGAUGCGGUCUGCAAGAGCCCAACAUUCUGGUUGGAGCACUAUGCAGAAAGCCACCCAGAGUGGACUGCUGUUGAGAUCGUGAACGCUAUACAUGUUGACGGUGUUGAGAAAGAAUCUAUGAGCUACGGCUCAUUGGAUGCAGCAGCGAAUCAAGUCGCGGCGUAUAUUGCGUCUCUCGGUAUAGAGAAGCGAAUAAUCGCGCUCUGCGCCGGCCGCACCCUCGCUUCUUAUCCCGUAAUAGCAGGAAUAUUCAAGUCCGGGAACACCUAUCUACCGAUCGAUGAGGCUCUUCCUAACGAUAGGAAAGCGUUCUUGGUUGCGGAUGGAAACUGUCCGCUCAUUUUCACUGAAGCCAGCUUGGCCAGCACGUUCCGUGAUGUCCCGGACAGCUGCAAGCUUGUCCUUAUUGACAGUCCUGAAUUUCAGGAAUCCUUGACAAAGAUGUCAUCCACGAAGCCAAAUAGUUUGCCAACGCCAGACGACAUCUCCUACCUCCUUUAUACCUCUGGCUCCACCGGUAAACCAAAAGGUGUGCUGGUAACCAGAGGCAACCUGUCUGCCUUCGUUGAAGCGCAAUCGGAAUUCAUCUGUCGUGUUGCUCCUGCGACAAAACAGCUUGGAGGGACCGGGAGAUACUUGGCACUCGCCAGCCGGGCAUUCGAUGUCCACCUAGCAGAGAUAUUUUUGGCCUGGCGACAUGGCCUCGCCACUGUGACGGGGCCUCGAACGAUGCUCUUGGAUGACCUGCAUCUGGUCUUGACCAAGUUAGAGAUCACUCAUGCAAGUUUUGUGCCGUCUUUGCUGGACCAAGCAAACAUUAUUCCGGAGCAAUGUCCUCGACUAAGAUAUCUCAGUGUCGGAGGAGAAAAGAUCUCUCAGAGAGUCUUGGACACUUGGGGCGCGUCACAGAAUGUUGCUCUUGUGAACGCCUAUGGUCCAACAGAGGUGACUAUCGGGUGCAGCUCUGCUCUCGUUGGCAGCGAGACCAACCUGAGAAACAUCGGUCGACCCCUGGGCUCGUGUGUGGCCCACGUCCUCAUCCCAGGGACCGAGAUGUAUACCAUUCGCGGCCAAGCAGGGGAGCUCUGCUUCACCGGCGAUCUUGUUGCAAAGGGAUAUCAUAAUAGGCCAGAUGCGAAAGGCUUCGUCGACGGAUUCUUCGGCAGACGGAUGUAUCGCACAGGCGAUAUUGUCCGUUUGAUGGCUGACGAUACUCUCGAAUAUCUCGGGCGCGGUGAUGACCAAACCAAAAUCAGAGGUCAGCGUCUUGAACUUGGAGAAGUCUCUGAAGUCAUCCGUUCAUCUUCCAGCCUGGAAAUUGAUGUCGUUACCAUGAUCGCCAAGCAUCCAAACAUUGCUAGAGUUCAGCUUGUCUCUUUUGUUGCCCGUUCAAAUGCUCGUUCGGAGGGCAAGAAAGACAGCAGCGUCUCUUUCUUAGAGGCGGAUUUCUGGACCCUGGGAAGAGAGCUCCAAGAAGCCUGCAGGAAGAAACUCCCUGCAUACAUGGUUCCAGAGGUUGUCCUCCCCAUCUCCUAUGUGCCACUGGCUCCGAUGUCUGGCAAAGCAGAUAUUAAGCAGCUUCAAUCCGUGUUCGUCAGCAUCCCGCUGUCGACACUCGUUCAAAGCAGCGAACGAAGCGCUGCUGCUGCUCGCAGCAACCGUCCACUCACUUCGGAAGAGGAAGCUGUCGUUGAAGCCAUUCUCACUAUUCUUCCCACCGAUCGAUCUAUCUUGGGUCAUGCAACGAAUAUAUUUGAGAUCGGUCUGGACAGCUUGAGUGCAAUAAACCUGUCAGUGCAACUCAAGAACCUGGGCUAUGAUGCAACUGUGGCAUCGGUUAUGAACAACCCUGUUAUUGAGCAACUGGCACGCUUGCCACGAAACUCAGAAGUGGAUAAUAAUAGGACAGCGGAAGUUCACCGUAUGCUGGAGAGAUUGAAUGCUAGAUUCCGCGAAGAACCACCGACGGGGAUCGACAUUUCAUCAGUGUCGACAGUACGGCCAUGUCUCCCUCUUCAAGAGGGCCUGGUAGCCCGCUCUAUCAACGCGGAAGGAGGACAGCUCUAUGUUAACCACAUUGUCCUGGAGCUUGGUGCAGACAUUGAUGUCGCGCGUUUACGAACUGCUUGGGAAGAGACAGCACGACAGAACGAGAUCCUGAGGACCGCCUUUGCAUCGCUGGGCGACCAGAUAGUGCAAGUCGUGUUUCAUCCAGACUCGUAUCGUAUUAGGUGGGAGGAAUAUGAUCCCAGCAGUUCGGACUCAGGCACGUCACUUCACAGCUCCAGCUCAUACCGAACAGAGGUGGCACAACAGAUCAUCAAAGAUAUAGCCACAGUUCCUCCAGUACGAUUCCUGAUCGCCCCAGCAGAAGGCACUCGUCGUCAGACCCUCACCAUCGCGAUUCAUCAUUCUCUGUAUGAUGGCGAGUCUCUGUACCAGCUUCUGGAAGAAGUUGCAAAUCGUUACAGGGGUGAAAGUGUUCCACAAAGGGGCUCACCUUCCGCUUUCUUGGAGUAUAUCUACUCUCAGAGCAUGGAAAAAUCGAAGGAGUUCUGGACCCAGCUUUUCGAAGGCUAUCAGCCAACGCUAUUCAGACGCGGCGAGAAUGACCUGGCCGAACAGGCAAUCGUUGUGCACAGAACACUGUCAACCAAGCUCUCUGAUCUAGAGUACCGCUCCGCGAAUCUUCAAACAACCGCACCGUCGCUGGUAUUGGCGAUAUUUGCACUACUCUUGGCUGACAUGACAGACACGUCGGAUGUCACAUACGGCAGUGUACUUUCAGGAAGAGCCAUUCCCGUACCGGGAGCGGAUUCUGUCCUCCUACCAUGUAUCACCACUGUGCCUUCCCGGUUGAAUACCAAUGGUCUCACAACGGUCAGAGACGUUAUAAACGCGGUCAGAGAUAAUUCUGUCAAAUCUCUCGAAUUUCAACAUACGCCCCUGAGACACAUCCAGCGAUGGCUGAAAUCAGAGGCGCCGCUAUUCGAUUGCCUGUUCUCUUAUAUUCGAACCACAAAGGCUCAGACAGACGAUCUAUGGAAAGAAGUAGACAGUCACAUGCCGGCAGACUACCCAUUUUCUGUUGAAGCAGAGGCAGACUAUGACAGGAAUUUGCUAUACAUACAUUGUGGAUACACGCCCUCUUUUGGCAACACCCAUGAUGUUGAGAACUUUUUCGAAAAGAUGGACGUUGUCCUAUCGAGCGUGGUCAUGGGUGAAGACAUUUCUCUGGAUAGCUUCAACCUUUCCACAUCUGCGAAGGUCAGGGGAGAGGCGAAUGUAUCUCCAUGGAACGAUUCGUCUGCAUCUUGGUCAGAAACGGAGAAGAAAGUUCGCCAGCUUGUCGCCAGCUUUUGUGGCCUGCAAAUUGAUGACGUUUCCAAGUCCGCGUCUUUCAUCGGCCUGGGUAUUGAUUCAGUGACGGCAAUCCAAUUCGCGCGUAAACUUCGCGAAGCUGGACUUUAUGUCUCAUCAUCGGAUGUCAUGCGUUUCUCCUGUGUCGGGGCACUGUCAGCUCGAAUCGAUGAGAUUUCUACCAAACAAGGACCGCAAAGGAAUGGCUUGGUCGAAGCAAAUGAAAAAGACACAUUUGAAGCGUACCGAUCCAAGAUACCUCUUCUCGGCCCUGGUGAUUCCAUCUCAAGACUCUUCAGAUGCACCCCGCUACAAUCGGGGAUGAUCACCCAGACCCUUGGAGCGGCUGGUGAUAUGUACGUGCAUCCCCACACCGUUCGACUGGCCGAAUCAGUCGAUAUCGCGGCCCUCAAAUCUGCCUUUCUCCAAGUCGUCCGUGCAAACGAUAUCUUGCGCACCUCGUUCCACUCAAUUAGCGAGCUGGGCUUUUCUUGGAUCGGAACAGUUCACUCGAAUCCGCCUUUCGAGUGGCAUGAGCUUGAUCAAUCAACCACCGGUUUUUCUGUAAAUGUGAAAGAAUUGCUUAGGUUGCACGAUGAGGCAGCGUUCCAGUCCCCUCCUCUACGGUUCUAUGUGGUCCAUAGCUCGGAAGGGAAGUUCCUAGUCGUCGUGAUGCAUCAUGCUCUUUAUGAUGGAGUCUCAUUGCCAUUUGUUUUUGAAGACGCUGCGGCGAUUUACAGGGGAGUCGUACCUCCUCACAGGCCCAAUUUCUCUGAAAUAGUCGAUGACAUCUUCAAAGGGCAAGAGAAAGCGGCACAGUUUUGGACUCGGAAAUUACAAGGAUACCAAAUUGCCCACAUCCCGCCCCUACAGGACGACGAGUCCUCAGACAGAAUGUUUGUCGCUGAGCGAAAGAUCAGCUUAGACAUUUCGAGAAUACUGGAAAGAUGCAAAGACAUGGAAGUCACCGUCCAAACAGUGUCCUUGUUGGCAUUUGCCAAAGUUCUGUCCUGCCUGAUUGGCAAACGCGACGUCACAUUUGGACAUGUCGUUGCCGGCCGCUCUCUCCCCAUCUCCGGGAUAGAAAGGACGAUUGGACCCUUGUUCAACACCGUGCCGGAGCGGAUCUGUUUCGACUCGACGGUCAUCAGCAACAAGGCGAUGGCGGCUCGUAUUCAGCGGGCGAAUGCGGAUGCCCAGGAAUAUCAGCAUGCGCCCCUGAGAGCGAUUCAAAACACGUUGAGGCAGCAGAACAACUUCGACUCAGCAUCGAUAUUUGAUACUCUUUUUGUGUUCCAGAAAACGGCGGAUUUGGAUCAAAAUGCAAGUGCCCAAGACAAACAGUCCAUCUGGGAGUUGUAUGAAACGCAAGACUUCGUCUCCAAUGCCGAGCACACGCUGAACGUUGAGGUCGAACACGCUCAUGAGGGCAUUAUCAUCAGAUCCUCAUGCAAAGGCCAAUACUUGACAUUUGAUGGACUCCACACUGUCCUGAAGGACUUCGAGAGCGCCUUCCAAGAUAUCAUCGAGCAUCCGACGAGAUGCGCUACAAUCGUCCCCGAGCGACUGCAACGGCUUCCACUUCAGCUCACCAAAGAGCUACCCAUUGAAAAGUUACCCUCUCCAGAUGCUGAUGCUGAAGCUCCCGUUCACGAAGGGAUUGUCCAACAAGUCCUCGCGGAGAUUGCCAAUGUGUCUAUUGACAUGGUCAAGCCGCAUACUAGCAUAUACAACAUCGGCCUGGAUUCAAUUGCCGCAAUCCGCAUCGCCGCCGUAUGCAGAUCCAAGGGUCUGAAAAUCGGUGUUGCUGAUAUUCUACAAGGUCACACAUUGCGAGGGAUCAGCACACGUGUCUCAGAUGCUGCUGCUGCUGCACCGCAAGGAAGCCUUCCGACAAAGCCCCUGAUACACGAGGAUGCGAGAGUGCGACAGACAGCACUUGAACAGCUCCGUCUUUCCGAAGACGAUGUCGAGACGAUCAUUCCGUGUCUGAGCGGGCAGAUGUACCACCUCGUCAGCUGGCUGAAAUCCGGCCGAACGCUGUUCGAACCAGCCUGGAGUUAUUACGUCUCCGGCGAAGAAAGAAGAUUAGAUCCGCAACGGCUCCAGGACUCCUGGACUAGGCUGCGCCAAAGACACCCUAUUCUAAGGACCUGCUUUGCGGCCAUCUCGGCUUCUGAAGCGGUUCAGGUGGUGCUCAAGCGGGUAGACCCGGAUGAUGACGGUACCUUCAAGUUUAUUGACUACUCAUCAGAGACAAUUGCGGAAGCGGCCAAAGUACAAGCCAGAGAAGAAGCUCGCAAUCCUUCUUCCCUCUUCCGUCCGCCUGUACGUCUUCGCCAUUUGAGAGCGAGCGACGGUGAUGGUAUCCUCGUCUUGAUCAAUCACGCUGCCUAUGACGCAUGGACAAUGCCAAUGUUCGUCACCGAGCUGGAGGCAUUAUACCGUGAUGCAGAACUGGCAAAAGUCUCCUCGAAUCCGGAUUUCCCAGCAUUUGUCAAUUAUUCCCUGAGCUCUCUUCAUCAGCUCGACGAGGCAAGGUACUGGGAUGCGGUUCUCCAGUCAAGCAGCCCAACCAUAAUCAAAGCACGUCAAAAUAGCCCAAAGAAGAACCAGCAACUGUUUGUCGGCGCAUGGCAGACUGUCAGGAACAUGUCUCAAGCAGAAAAGACCUGCCGGGCCCACGGUCUCAGUCUCCAGACCGUCGUUCUCCUCGCGGCUGCUCGGGCUCUUGCCCGCAAAACGCACGUCGACAGUCCGACCUUUGGUCUCUAUCAAACGGGGAGAUCAGCCUCCUUCCCGGGAGUCGAGUAUCUCUCGGGCCCGUGUCUCAACGUGACCCCGUUCACGGUCCCAAAUGUCCUCUCUUCGUCGUCAUCAUCAUCAGCCCAGAUCUCUCAUAGCCAACCCAAUACCACUGCUGAUGCUGGCACUACUACUGCUGACACAAUCAUCAAUUCAGCGCGAUCGAUCCAGUCGGCGCUUGCAGACCGCGCAACGUACGAGCAGAGCUCGCUACAAGGAAUCCUCCGACGAUGGCGGGAGAUAGCAGCCACCACAGGCGCCGAUAGCAACAACGAAAACAACAUCCAUGAACGCCAUCUGUUCAACACAUGGGUCAACUUACUCUGGGGGAGGACCAGCAAACAAGACCAUCCUCAAGAAGAUGAUGACGGAUCGUCACCACCUCCUCUCUUCACCCCUCUCCCCAUCGGCGUCCCAACAGACUUCAUCCCGGAGAACAACCGCACCGAACAAGAUGAAAAAGAUAAGAAGACAUCCGUCUCCAGCCUCGAUACAUCAUACCUCCCGGACCAAAACGUCUUCAUCGACAUCGGCCCCGACCCCUCGAGUGAUACGCUCGGAUUCGGCGUCCGCGUCGAGGGCGGGGUCAUGGACGAGGAUGAAACACGGGCGUUCAUCGGCAAGAUAGUAGCUGAGAUUGAGGGGAUGGUCAGGAUUUUGUCGGAGGAUGAUGCCUCGUUGAUAUAA